CCGUAUCUACAAAGCAUCGGCCUUUCUUGUCUAUUGCCAGCUUCACAGCUCCAUAAACCCGGCUCUGACUCUCCCAGCUAGCCCAGGCGAGGCGGCGAGUGUAAAUACGUGCUAACGCCGCCAUAAGCUUGCCGAGAUAGGAGCUCCGAGUGAGCAUCGCCACCACCCGGGCCCGUCCUGGCACGCCGUCCGCACGCACCUUGUUGUUGCUGAUGUAUGUUGCAUCCAAUCUGUUUUCUUGUCUCCUCCCAUUCCUCCAUCUCCAUCUUCAUCUCCCGCGAUACUGCUCCCCCAACCUUACCCGGGAAAAAACAACAACCAACACCAACGUCUUAAGACGCCCAGGCCGUCCCGAGACCUUGCCCCUCCAACCCCAUUUUGCACGUCCGAUCCAUGUCUUGGACCUAAGGCCCUGCCGUGAGCUGGCCCUGGAUCUGCAAGGUACCUCUUGUUCCAAUUCCAUCGCAUCAAGUUUCGGGCUGUCUCUGGCAGAAACCCGUUGCAUCGUUCCUAUCGUCGUCUCACCAUCGCAUCCUGCCUUCGAGACCGCGUCACUCGCUGCGGCGCUGCCAUCCGCCAUAGCCGUUCUGCUUCCCAUUGCCUUGUCCGCGUUAUCCAAUACCUGUACCCAUCCAUACUAUAUCCCACCCCGCUCCUGCGCCCUGCUGCAGUCCCGCGGAUGCAGUAGACACACUCGCUCCGGAUCGGCCGCGCUGAUUUCGCCGUCUAGAAUUUUUUUUUGCUCACGGCCGAGACCAUUUCGACCGUGGCAUCCCCGGCUUAAUUUUUGGCGGUUCCAAAGCCGGAGCGCUGUUUCCAGAGCUGCCAGUCUCGACCCAGAGUCACGAGCUCUUACCACGACGUCAUCCGCAGAGCUCCGUUAAAGCUCCUCCAAGCUGGCUUGUCUUCCUAGGCUCUCGCCUAAGACAACCAAAACGGACGCUCCAAGGAGUCAGCGGUCCUCUUUCUUUACCGACCUCGGUCGACGAUUCCAUCCUCCCUAAGAUUGGCUGGGAUUGCUGUUACUCAUCCAUACUUUUUGAACACCCAACGACUUUUGCCACGGAAUCGCACGAGCUGC